AACAAGGAAGUUUGUUAUACACACUCUUGAGCUGGAGGAGCUUGGAAGUAGUACAGAGAACUGCCUGCCUGGCAAUGUUAUUCUGUGGUUGCCUAACUCUUUUAUUUGCACUGCAGAGCAAUCAGCAUGUUUUUUGUUUUUUAUAAAAUGUGGCAGCUGAGAUGCAGAUCUGCUCUGAGUCAGGGGGACUCCGUCAGGCUGCUAUUUCCUUUUCAGCCUGACCCCAGAUUGUUUGGAAGGAGUUUCUCACUCUUCCUCCACCCAGUUCCUCCCCCCCUUCCCAUCCUGGCCUCUGAGGGGUGUUAACAAAUUACAUGCAUGCUCUUUAUACAGCAACCUUCUCUCCCCACACCCCCCCAUCUGAUCUAAAAGGAGAAAACUGCCUGGGAGAACUGCAUUGUCAACGAUGGUAAAUUUUUGCUCAGCUCAUUGGAUCUUAAUGGGCUAGCUGUGCCUCUGUGGGUUGCACAGCAAAGGAUGGCAUACCCAGGGAGGUCUCGUUUGAGGAGGUCUUUCAGUGAGCAUAUCAGGGUCUCCACCAACAAAGCAUGGGAUGUCUUCUGGAAGAGCGCACGAGAAAAACGCUUGUCAGAAAUUGAGGCCAAAGAAGCCUGUGAUUGGCUGAAAGCUGCUGGCUUCCCCCAAUAUGCUCAGAUGUUUGAAGAUAUGCAGUUUCCUAUUGACAUCAAAACUGUCAGAAAAGAUCAUGAGUUUUUAGACCAAGAUGCAAUAGAAUCCCUAUACAGGCGUUUGAAUACACUGAACAAGUGCACAGCAAUGAAGGUGGAAAUAAGUCGGCAAAGAAAGAGGAGUGAUGAAUCUGAAGAGGAUGAACCUUGUGCAAUAAGCACCAAAUGGACUUAUGAGAAAUGUAGUCGGAGAUGGUCUCGGUUAGAAUGCUCGGAAGGUUCUGGUACACCAGCCUUUGACGGUCUCAGACUUAAAUGCUCUGGCAGUGGGGAUAUAGCCUUUUCUGAUCAAGGGGAGCGAAAUGACGAGUCUUCAAUUCACAGUUCUAGUAGCGGGGAUAGUGAUUUAAUCAGCUUUCCAAAGACGUUUGAGGAAGUUGAGAUGAGCAGGAGUUCUUCAACAUGCUCCUCAAAUAUAUUGGCAUCUCAUGACUCUACCUUCAGUUGCUCUUCUUCACCUAGUGAAACCUUGAACAUAAUUAGUGAGGACAAGCUCUUGGAUAAGCCACUGCACAGAAAGGGAAGGAGUUUCUUAAAGAGAAUGGAGAAGCUGCGCCUGCGAAGCAGCAGUUUGAAGAGAGAAGCACAUUCAAAGGCCAAGCCCAUUAUUAGCGAGCCUAUUCUUAUAGAGGGACUAAAUGAAGAAAAGCUGAAAACUUUCAAUUGCGUAAGUAUUUCUGACGUGUCUGAGAGUCAGCUGAUGCAGCAGUCUUAUUCCUCACAGACCUGCAGCAGUAGCAGCCAGUCUGAAAACAGCAGCACUGUGAGCACGCCGAGCCCCAUUAUCAAAAUGAGGAGACACAGUAAAAGAGAAGGAAUGUAUGGAGAAGAAUUUGAUUCCAGCAAGUUUUCCUUGUGGAAUUAUAUUUCGGAGCAUAACGAGAUACAUUUGCACAAGAACAAAGUGUUUCAAGUACCUCAAGGCCAUAAACCUGGGACUUUCCCCAAAGCCCUUACAUACAGCCUCUUGUCUCCAAUGGACAACACUUCUGUGAACUGGAGAACUGGGAGUUUUCAUGGGUGUAGGAGGAACAGGGUUCAAAUGGGUUCUCAGGAGCCUGAAACGCCACCUGGCUCCCUUUCAUUGAUGGAUAACAGACUGAGCAUAUAUGACAAUGUGCCAGGCAAUCAUCUAAACAAAAUGGAUACACCAGAGGUUGGUGAUGAUGAUGUUUUUACAGAGCUAGACAGUGUUAUGGAGCAUGUCAAUGGACUCAGGAAGUUGGUCAGUCAGUGGACAGAGAAAUUCUCUGAUGAUGGGGACUCCGACUCUGCCAGUCCUUCCAACCAGUCCAUCUCUCCUUGCCCAUCAUCCCCUAAAGAGAUCCGUCUUGAGACUGAAAAGCAUUCAGAAGGGAAAUUGCCAGAAUUGUCAGUUACUGACAGUGAAGGGAACUGCAAUGAACGUGGCCUCACAGAACUGGCAUAUGUAACAGAAUCGAGGAUGAGACGGACAUUGGCACAUUCUAUCAGACAUGUGAGGAGACAAUGGUCUACUGAGGAAGGCACAAAUUUGGAAAGUCUUUCUCAGCAAAUUGACUGCCAGUCAGCUGCCCACCUAAAUCGAUUGCAGAAGCUUGCUUUGUUAAAAUUGACUACUUUAAUGGACAAAUACUCUCCUUCCAGCAAGCAAGGAUGGAACUGGACUGUUCCAAAGUUCAUCAGAAAAACAAAAGCACCAGACUAUAAGGAUAAAAAUGUAUUUGGAGUACCGCUGCUGUUAAAUGUGCAGAGAACAAGUCAUCCUAUUCCAAAGAGCAUACUCCAAGCCAUGGACUACUUAAGAGACCAUUUUCUUGAUCAGGUUGGCCUUUUCAGGAAAUCUGGUGUGAAAUCCAGGAUCCUUUCCUUAAGGGAAAUGAAUGAAAAUGACCCAAACAAUGUAACUUAUGAGGGACAGUCAGCAUUUGAUGUGGCAGACAUGGUGAAGCAGUAUUUCCGAGACCUUCCGGAACCUAUAUUCACCAGCAAGCUCUGCGAAUCCUUCCUCCAUAUCUACCAAUAUCUGCCAAAAGAUCAGCAGUUUUGUGCUGUCCAAGCUGCUGUUCUUCUGCUUCCAGAUGAAAACCGAGAAGCUUUGAAAACACUGCUAUUCUUUCUCAGAGAUGUAGUGGCUUUUGUGGAGGAAAACCAGAUGACUCCAACCAACAUUGCUGUUUGUCUAGCACCAUCCUUGUUUCACCUUAAUACCCUGAGGAGAGAGAGUUCCUCAUCGUCUAGGUCAAGCCAGAGGAAGCACAGUACAGGAAAACCUGACCAGAGAGACCUGAGUGAGAACCUGGCUGCAACUCAAGGCUUGGCCCAUAUGAUAAUGGAGUGCAACAGACUCUUUCAGAUUCCUGACUACUGUUUGGAUCACAGUUAUGAAAAUUUACAUGAUCAAACUAUCUCCAGUGAAGUAGAUCCACACCAAACCUCCUUAGCAAAGCACUGUAACACAGUGGUCUCCCUGGAGCGCUCCAUGCAGGACUUGCUCCGAGAUGCCAAGGAAAAAUUCAAGAACUGGGUUACUUGCUCCACCUUAGAAGGAGUGGAUUCUGCAUAUAAAAAGGUGGAUGAUAACUACUUGGUCCGGGUAUGGAAAGCUUCAGCUGAAAUUGAUGCUGCCCCUAAAGUGGUUCUAUAUCGGAUACUGAUGGAACAGCACCUUUGGAACCCAAACCUUCAACAAACAAGAGUCCUAGAAAUCUUAGAUGAUGAAACAGACAUUUACCACUAUGCAACGGAGAGCAUGUCUCCACUUCCUCCACGAGAAUAUGUGGUUCUAAGGACUUGGCGGACUGAUCCUCAAAGCAGCACAUGCAUAUUAGCAGCUACCUCAAUAGACUGUGAAGGUGUUACCAUGACGGGGAUCUUGGGUCAGGUCCUACUUUGUCAGUAUCUUAUAGAAGUAGUCGGCACUCAGAAAUCCAAAGUCACACAUGUCUGUCGAACAGAUACCAGGGGCCGCACAACUGAAUGGUACAACAGGGCUUUUGGUCACAUGUGUGCUGCAGAACUGGUAAGGAUUAGAGAGUCCUUUAAAACUUCAUCAUACUGAGAGCAAGCCAAAGAUGACAUGGUGCUUUUGGAAGUUAAAUAAAAUGUGUGGUGUCCAAAGCUGAAGUUUACUAGACUUCAUUAUCAUAAUUGAAGCAUUCUAGAACUGUAAAGACAUUUUUAUGCAUUUUAUAAUGUUACUGCUUUUUUAUUAAAAAAAUUCUACUGAGAAAAUUAAAUUGUUCAAUAUUACGUAUCAAAAUAAGUUAUUGAAAAAUGAACAUCUUGAUGUUCUAAUAAUGUAUAAAGAUGAGAUUUUAUUUCCCCCCAGAUGCUUUUUAAACUAAAAAUGUGAGAACAAAUGUAUAAUAUUUUAGCAGUGCUAUUUGACUAAAGAAAACUCCGCACCUGUGAUGUCUUUUUCUGUUUUUAGCAUUCUAAACUAUUAGGAAUAUAAUGAUCAUAUAGGAAGCUAUGCUGUAUUUAUUGGUUACAGACAUUUGUACUUUCUACAGUCAAGAAACAAUCAGAAAAAGGGCUUCUUUUUUCAGUGGAACUGUGUGUUCCAGCACCUCUCAGCUGGGCCCCGGAAGUGGGUGGGGGUGAGAAACUUGACCUGCACCUUUUAUGGCCUCCAGAAAAUUGCAGGAGGCCUGUGCGGAGGUUCUUCAGCCUUCUAGCUGGCAGGGGGAAGCCAUUUGUGUGAGGUGGGGGCCUUGUUAAACUGUUCCACUGAGGUGCAGGCAGCUGCGCCCCUCAGCGGAACAGUUUCAAGAAGGCGCCCACCUGUGCUCAGCUGCCUUUGCACAGGCAGGCAGUUGGGACACCUCU